AUGGGGCGGCGGCGGCGGGGGGCGCUGCCCGAGGCGGCGGGCGGCUGCUGCUGCUGCCUGGCGGCGGCGCUGCCGCUGCUGCUGCUGCUGCUGCCCGCCGGGUGCCCGGUGCGGGCGCAGAACGACACGGAGCCCAUCGUCCUGGAGGGGAAGUGCCUGGUGGUGUGCGACUCCAGCCCCUCGGCCGACGGCGCCAUCACCUCCUCCCUGGGGAUCUCUGUGCGCUCGGGCAGCGCCAAGGUGGCCUUCUCGGCCACCCGCAGCACCAACCACGAGCCCUCCGAGAUGAGCAACCGCACCAUGACCAUCUACUUCGACCAGGUAUUAGUUAAUAUUGGCAACCAUUUUGAUCUUGCUUCCAGUAUAUUUGUAGCACCAAGGAAAGGGAUAUAUAGUUUCAGUUUCCACGUGGUCAAGGUCUAUAACAGACAAACAAUCCAGGUAAGUUUAAUGCAAAACGGCUACCCAGUGAUUUCAGCUUUUGCAGGGGAUCAGGACGUCACCAGAGAAGCAGCCAGCAACGGGGUCUUGCUCCUCAUGGAAAGAGAAGACAAAGUGCAUCUCAAACUGGAAAGGGGUAACCUCAUGGGAGGGUGGAAAUAUUCAACCUUUUCUGGCUUCUUAGUCUUUCCACUAUAAAAGAAGGCCAAAUAGGAGACAGAUUGAUGAGCUGGAGCAAGAAUUCAGUUAACAACACCCUGAACUUGGCAGCACAUGACAAUAUUUCCAGUCACCCCGUCAGACUGUCACAGUAGAAGAACGAUAACCUUCUAAACUCCAACAUUUGCUUUGAAUAUUGACAAUUCCUCGGGAACCUGCGCCUCUAAUUAGUUUUAGACGACAGUGAUCUUUAGGAGAAAUGAAAUUAUCGACCUGAGCAAUUUGUACCUGUGAUUGUAAAGUCAAUUUCGGAUUUUAUUGUUGGGAUCAUUGACUUUCUUCUUUUUUAUUAUUUUUUUUUCCUCUCGUUCAUUUUUUCCCCUUUUCUUUCUCUUCUUGUUCCAAUGAGCCAAAUAACUCGGACCACGCAAUCGCUUUGUCAGAGGCUCACUCCAGAGCCAGAAGAAUGAAGUGUUCAGCCCAAUGAGGUUUUCUUUCCAUGCUUUAUUUAUUUGUGUUGUAUAGCCUUAAGGAAAAAAAAAAAGAAAAAAAAAAAAGGAAAAAAAAAAAGUAUGGCUUCAGUCUCAAUCCUGUAUUUUUCUGGGGGAGGGGUAUUCUGGACAUUACUGUGUCAAGAAGUGCUUUAUCCAGUGAAGCAAAAUUUGCACGAUUGGAAUCUUCUUUGUUUUGUGUUGUUCGUGUUUUUCAUCGACUUUUUUUUUUCUGAUUUUUAUUUGUAUGCGCUAAAAAUGUAAGCUAGAUUGAUCAAUAAGGCAAAACAAAGCACAUAUAUACCCUGUAGCUCUAAGUAAAGCUAACCAGUGAACAAUUGUUGUCUACACUUUCCAACUGAUCUUUAUAGACCUAUUAAAGAGAGAAAAAAAAGAGAGAAAGAGCUACAUGAUCCUUCAGUUACAAUCUGGAAACCAGUAAAGGAACUGACAUUUCUGAAUUGCCCUGACAUUUCUAGAAGCAACAGUGGAAGCUCUGAAUAUCUUAACUGACCGGACCCUAAAAUAGAUCCUUUCUUUGCAUUACCAAACGUGGUUUGGGUGUUUUUAGCUGAUAUUUAUUUCAUGUAUUUUUUCACCAAUGCUUGAGUACACAUUGUGAGAGCUCAAAGAGAUGGCGGAGCAAACUCUUCCAAAUUAAAUAAGACCACCUCCACUUGACCUGUCCAUGGCAAGUAUAUGAACAGCUGCCCCUAGUGUCUUUGACAGCAUUUGGGAGAGGGGCCUCAGAGGAUCAGCAAAUUCACCAGAAGUUGCGUAGGUGCCAUGUAUUUAUCAGCCAUGUGUGUUCUUCCCAACACAAAUGGCCUCAGAGUUGUGGGGGUGGAAUGCGAUCAGUACUGGAGGUUAGGAAAAGUUAUUACUCCAGUUGACAAGUGGAAAAAUACCAGGCCAGCAUCAAAUGCAUACUUUUGCCUCAUUCUCAUCAAAUAAAUCUCCUGUCUUCACUUUAUGACAGUGUGCCGAGGACAUUCUUGCAUGAGGAGAUCCAGGAGGGAUGUUUAUAUUCUUUGAUAUGAUUUUAAAUUCAUUUAUUUAAAUAUUUCAUCUUGUUAUUAAACCCACAAGAGUGGAUGUGUAUAAGAAUUUAUUUUUAUCAGAUUUACUCCUCUGCCACAAACAAAUACAAUGCAAAGGCAUUUGCAGCAAAUCAGUGGUAGCUAUGUUGUAUUUCGAAAUUAUGGUGGACAUGUCAUUUUCAUUGUAAAUUUAUCAUUAAAGGGACAAAGUCAAUUAAAAUCAUAUAUUCUUUAAAAAAAACUUAUCUGUGUUGCUUAUGAUACCUCAGAUGGCUAAAACCUAAGCCAAUUUUAUAUUUAACAUUUUUGUAUGUUUUUGUGAUUGGUGUUUGCUUUGGCGUUUUGCUAAGCCGUUUGUUGAAUGAAUGAGUUUCUGGUUUUGUUUUUUACUGAGUUGCAUUUACUGGUUCCUCCUUGUGCAUUGGCAUGAUUGUAAUGUUUCUAGUUGCAAAAUAUAACGGGGCUAUGUUUAAAUACAAGAAAUAAAACCUGA